CCGGUUACCGCUACUGCGUUUUUCUCGGGCGGCUUUCUUUCGAGAGACAGCGGACGACACCCAACGAAAAGACGGCCUUUACGACACGAUGCUCCAUCUGGAACAAAAGUUGUGAGGCCCCGCUUUUGUCGCUGAGGAAAUUCCUUCGCGACAAACACCACAUCUCUCACCUAGCGCCGCUCUGUCCCCCCAGAGUGCGCACAUUCACCGAGACGCUGCGUGUUAGACUUCCUCGUUUUCUCAGACUUUCCACUUUUUUCCUCUUCGGUUCCUUGCAGACGGAACCGCCUGCCUUUUUGUGGCCCGUUCGGGCGGUUCCACCUCUGGGAAAACUACGGACCUUGCUACGGUCGCUCCCUGCCGGCUGUCGAAACUGUCGGUUUGUUUCGGAUUCCUUGUCUCCUCGGUGCCUUCACGCGAAUCCUGCCCACAUGGCCGGCGUCAACUGUACAGAACUACAUUUCCGUCGCUCCCCUUCGCGGCCGAUCAAAGAACUGGAUUAGCGUAUCCACUGUGCAUGUUGUAUGCGUACGGCAGCAGUUCUUUGUAUGUCGCGCUCCGAAUAGGUUUGCUAAAUGUGACUCUGAUAGCCAACACACGGGCUCGGCCCUAGAGUGUGUUUUGUGCCGCGGCUCUUCAGAUUAUUUUUUUUGUCACAGACACUCUCCUCGCUUCUCGCCGAGGCAAUGAGUCGCCUUUUUGCUUUGCUUUUGCGAGUUUGUUUGCCGCUGCGUCAGCAUGGGACCACAGCUCAGGUUGAGGACAGCGAUAAAGUGUUUUUUGUGAGCGCGCCUCUCCCCGUCUAAUAGUGGCGGUUUUCCCGGACCUUGCCUGAUUUCUCACUUUUUCGCGCCUAGGUCUUUGGAGUGCGGCCGUCGCCCAGUUGGGGUCUAGCCUCCUAGAUACCCAACGCUCCCUUUCUCCUUUCGUUCCGCGCUUGUCUUCCCUUUUGUCUGGCUGGAACACGAGGGCGCGCCGUUCUCGAGAGCGAAGCGGGAGGAAGCAUGGAGGCUCUCUGGAUGCCUCGUGGUCGCUGCCGCCGCCUUCCAAGUCUUCCGCCUGUCUCAGCGCGGCCGCUGUCGCCUCGCACCAAGAGGUAGGCAGCGACUCCCUGCUAGCGAGAGGCCGAGAGCGCAGGUCUGCAUGCGCCCGGACACUCGCUGGAAGAUGGCACCCUCGCCGUCGCCUUCACGUCGUCGCCGCCCCGACGCGGCAGCAGGUGACCCUGACGGACCAGCCUCACGCGGCGCGUUUGUCUGUGCGGCGUCUGAGUCGUGCCUCGCCUCUUCUCUUUCUUCUGGCCGUCUCUUCUCGAGGGAACUCGAAGCCGGUCGCUGUCGCCUCUCUCCACCGAGUCGCCGCGGUGAGCGCGCUGGCUGCAGGGCUUCUCGCUCAUGUUCUCUCGUUUUUCGAUGUUCCAAGACAGCAGACGGGAUCCCUACGCGAACGCCAGAUGUCUUGCUCGCUUCUUCGUUAGGGCCUGCACCCCGCUCCCCAUCUGUCGCGCCUGACAACUCUGAUUCUGCCUCGACUUCCUCUCCACCCUCGAGGGGAGACCCUCUCUUGUCUCCUCGUGGAAACAGCGAGGGAGAGCGCGCUCCUCGUCGCCGGACCUCGGAGUCCUCUCUCCACCCUGUCUGCAUCCGCGACGACAAAAGAACUGGCACCACAUUGAACAGGUUCCUCCUGUCAGCUCUUCCUCGGACUCCUCCUCACCUGACGUCCAAUCCCGCUCCGGAGACCGCCGCUGCUGACUCCUCUUCUCUCUCUUCCUCGUUCUGUUGGUCGCCGAGGGACGCGUCUCCGUGUUCCAGAUGUGGCGUGUGUGAGGCGGGUGUCGACUGGGAGCGUUCGUUCUUGUCGACUCCAAGUUGUUUUCUGUCUCCAGCGUCGAGUUCGUCCUUCUUGUCAGCCUCGUUCCCGCCUCCCGCGCUCCUGCCUUUCAAACCAAACCACGGAGAAAACGUCGUCGGGACCCCGCUUUGUUCGCCGGAGCGACGCGCCACUGAGGGCGACCGGCGCGGGUCCUUCGCCGCAGGGCGAGGCGCCGAGAGGGCCGACGACAGAGACGCCCCACAAGCGCACCACGCGGUUUCGCCUGCGUCGCCGAGGGAGCCCAGGUGUCUCCCUGAAAGAGCGUGCUCUGUGGGCGAGGAGGCCCCUCUGUUCCCCGGCGAAGAAUGCAGCUCGCGCGCGUUUUCUGACUGGGUUUCGCGGCUCCGUUCUGCGCCACGCGCUUCACGCAAAACGGACAGCUACCGGCCGCGAUCUCCGUCUGAGGCGCAUGCGUACGCGAUGCCGUCUCUCUCUUCUCGCCGCCGGCAGCUCCGCGACUUCCCUUCCUCCCACUCCUCCUCCGCCUCCACCUCGCUGCGGCGGCGACUCCUGCACACAGUCGAUCCGACGACGGGGACCAGUCCGCCGUCUCGCAUGUCUCGGUCCUCAGCCCCGGCGGCCUCUUCGCGUCCGUUAAUGGCGCCGACCUCGAGCAAACACUUCGGCAGGGGCGGCUCUCGCCGCGCCUCACCCAGACCCGCCGCUCCGUUGCCGCCGAGUGCGCCCCGCGCGUCUGCAGGCCUCGCCUCUGGGACGCGGGGUGUGGCGUCUCUGGACGCAGAGGCUUCGAGUGCCAGGCUCCGCGGGCGCGGCUCGGGGAGCCUGGGCGCACGCCGCGACUCAAAGGCGUCCCCGACGUCGCGCCUGCUUAACUUUGGGCGUGGCAGCUCACCGAUGGCGUCGCCUCGCCCCAGCGACACUGCCCGUAGCAUUCUCUUGUCCUCAUCGCAGCCGCCAAAGACUGGAAUCGGCCGCGACUCCUUCAGGCGGAACGCGCCCACGACCUCGACCCUCUGGGGCGCGAUCCCGGGGCGUCCGACUCGCGUGUCGUCAGCCGGAGCCGUGGGCGAAGCCCCGCGGACAUCGGCGUUGACAGGUCGCACGCAGACUCAAGACGGGGGCCGCGACCAGGGCGUCCGUGUGCCCAGGGUCGCCUCCCGUAGGACAUCUUAUCAGUCGAGUCGGUACACAGCGACCGUGCGCGACCCGUCCGAGGAAUCGGUCUCUUCGCGGUCUCCUCUCGAAAGAGAGGCCAGAACGACCUGGGGGGACGACCAAGAAAGCAACAGCGAUCGAGAAAACUCAGGUAGGCCUGGAAGCCGACGGGAGCCACCCCCGUUUGCCUCGGAAGACAAAGGGCGGCGCCUACGCUCGACGCGAAGAGCUGGAGGGAGGCGGGACCUGGAGGUGGACGAGGCCGAGGCAGACGCCUUCAGAUGGAGCGCGCGAGGCAGCCGGUUGCUUAAAGAGCGAGAAGACAGAGAGAAGGCAGAGAGUCUCCAGAGAGGGCAGAGGACCAGUCGGCGAGAGAGAGAAACCCACGCCGCAGCGAUCGCAGCUGCCGCCGUCGAAGGCCAAGGAGAAGCCAGCCUCGUGGAGGACUCGAGCGACACCCUCCUGACCGUUCAGAGGUCGCGCUUCAGCGGCGUGUGCAAGUGGCUGCAGCACCGGUUCUACGGGCGCGGGGAGCUGGAGCGGCUGUGCGGCGAGUAUUCACCGCAGGAGGUUGAGCGCGUGGUAAUGCAGAGCAAGGCGCUCUCCGUGGAAGAUAAGCAGCGACUCAUUUUUCUCACGCGUCCCUCGGUCGUUCAAGAUCGCCACUCCGCCAGUUUCUGGGAGCAGUCGGCAUCUGCGUCGUGCGUCUCUCUUGACUCUCUGCGCCGGUCCAGCGAGUCGUCGUACCCUUCUCGGGGCAGUGGACCCCGGGGGUCUCCACGGGCAAGCGGUACCCUCUCAAAGGAAGCGAGGCGCAUUCCCGACUGGGAGAGCGCGUCUGAGGAGACGGGUGCGCCUGUCGCCUUUGGGGGGACGCGGGGCCUGACGCCUGGCGUCUCGACGCAAGGUCUGGAAACCAGCGGGGGUCGCGACGGGGGACCGAGGAAGCGACACGAGGGCGAAGGCGACAGAGACGCGCCGCCGGGGGGCCGCAACUCGAUGGGGAGUCGUGGAGGAGACAUCAAAAGUGAGGAGACGCCUGCCGGGUGGAGUAAGGACGGCGAGAAGGAGAGACGGAAAGCGACUUCUUUGCGGGUGAAGAAGUCGGGGACUGCAGACCAUAGGAGCUUCUGGACCAGCCAGAGCUCGUGGGAGACUAGGAGACGGAGACGGCGGUCGUGCUCGAGAGACAAGCGCAGACUCGAGGAAGAAGAGCAGACUCGCGCUGUUCUCGCAGAGGAAGAUCAGAUGAGAGAAACACAGCAGACAGAGAGGGUGUGGGGUCGAGAUAACGAAGAACGAGCCGUUCUCGAGGAGUGCGUCGAGGAGGUCCAGAGGAAAAAACUCGUCAGGAAUACAGGUGUCUUCCGGAUAGGCUUCCUCCGUAACCUGGCGGCGCUCCGAGGCGUCACGCUGGCGAUCCAGCAUUUAGGCAGUCUCCAGCAGAAGCCGGUGGACAGCGCCGACGUGAGAAACCAUGAAAAAUUUUCUCGUCUCUGGGGUCUCUUGAUGCCCAACCAUCGACUGCCUGGCCGCAUCUGUAAAGAGUGGAAGGAGCUCGGCUUCCAGGGCGAAGACCCGGCGACUGACUUUCGCGGCUGCGGCGAGCUGGGCCUCGACGCGCUGGUCUUUCUGGCCUCGCGGUUUCCGUCGCACGCACGGAGCAUGCUCGAGGCUUCGCGGCACUCGACGUACUGGUAUUCGUUCGCCAUCACCUGCAUCAAUGUCACGUCCUGGCUGUGCGAGUGGCUAUUUCAGCGUCGCGCCCAGGUGAUCUUCUUCUUCUUCACGACGCACACUCCCGAGGCGGUCGAGUUGACGUUCUACUACUUGUUCGUACACAUCUUCACGCGUUUCCACGAGUUCUGGUUUCUCAAGAAGCCGAGCUCCAUCAUGGAGUUCCCCUUCGUUGCAGGCGCAUUCAAGAACAUGUGCGUCUUGCCCUCUUCGCUCCCCGCAUGCGCUCUCGUCUCGCCUCGCGGCGUCUGCAGCUCCGACGAAACACGAGAGGACGCGUGGUGCUACACGGCUGCCCUAACAGCCUACCGGCAGAGCGGCAAGCAGCCGGAGAGACAGAACGAGGACGCGGCGCGCGAGAAAGAGGCAAAGACGCAGGCGGACCGAGAAGGAUCAGGACCCGUCAGAUCUGUAGGGGCAAUGCGGAAGGAGAACCGGGGUCGUGUCGGGGGCGCCGAAGAAGAGACAGAAAAGGAGAGCGAGCAAGACAGCGACGAAGCUGGUCCUGGGGCUGGAGGAGGAUACAGGCGCGUCAGAGCGACGAAGGUGCAAAGAGACGGAGACGAGAAGGCUGACAGAGCGUUAUUCUCCAGUUCGCGUGAGACAGGGUCUUUUGGGCCCUCGGGGUGCGGCGGCCGCUCGGAGAAGGGCAUGAGUCUUCGAGGUGAGAGCCGACAAGAAAGGGGAAGAGGUGACAAGGCGCAGGCGAAGCGGGGCAACAGCCAAGAGCGUUGUCAUUUACGGAGCAAAGAUGGGUGGGAGAUCUCUGACCGGAAGCGCCCAGCAGCGGCGUCAAACAGCUACUCUCUGCGGUCGGCUUGUGCGCGGAUCGUGGGAGACGCGAGGACCCCACAAGAGAGUGAACCAAAAGGCGGAGCGAAGAACCUUCCGUCAGGAAGCCCAAAGACCUCGAGUCUGUCUCCGAAGUACACCAUGCUGAAGAAACUAAGAAGCAGUCCGCAGUCGAAAGAGGCGGGCGCGACCUCGCGUCUGCUCUCUUCGGCCUCCAGUCGGUGCUUUCGGGGCGGCUUUAGCGUCGGCGGCAGGCUCACGUAUCGCCGCUGUCAACGCGAGGAGGCGAAGGGAAGCGAAGGCGACGCGAGCGCAGAGGAAGACAGCGAAGAAGAGACAGAAGAGGAGGAGAAAGGGGCGCUGGAGCGGGAAAGGACAAGUGACGUCCAGGCAGGGCCCCACCUGGGAGACUGUCCUUGCUGCCGCGGCUGGAUCUGGUCCCCUGCUCACCUCGUUUUGUCUCCGGCAGCGAGUUCUGUGGGCGGGUCUCCGAGGUACACAAAACUGCGGCAACGCCUCUCGAAUCGGCAAGACCGAGAAGAGAAAGACCGAGAAGAGAAAGACCGAGAAGAGGAGAGAGAGCAGGACAAUCGAGCGGCGCGCGGAGCCUCCUCGUUUUUCUGGCGAAACCGAAGCGUGAAGCAAGUACGCACUUGCUUGCCGAGGCGGGGAGACAAAGAAAGGUCGAAGACACUGGGAAAACCAUCGAACCGCUUCAAGAUCCCCAAGUUGUCGUACCCGAACGCCGGGCCGACAGCGGAGCAGCGGCUGCCUACGAAGCCGUCCUCGGCGUCUCCGCAUUUCCGGAGGCUGCUCUCUUCCGUCGUGAAGAAGCCUGAGGGGUCACCGAAGAGAGCGAGCAAGGGAGGGCGAGGAGAAGCAGCGAAGGACAGCGGAAGACAGACACCUUAUGAGUCGGCUCGCGACGAGGGGACGCCUGCCGCGCACAGAGAGCAAAGCGGCUCGUCCCCAUCAUCGCUGUCUUCUGAUGGGGACGGGAGAGAAAGGGGGUGGAACAGAGUUGGGAGACAGAGAGGCGGCAGAGCCAGGGGCCAGGCGGGUUUCGCCUUCGCGCCAAAGAGAGACGGGUCGAGCAGAGAGAGGGAACCUGCUACGAAAAGCAAGAGCUGGCGCCUGUAUCGCCACUUAAGCACCUCGAGGUCGUCCCGGAAUCGUUCUCUGUCUUCGCGGCGCCGCGACACAGAAGACACCAACGAAGAAGAGAAAAACAGCUCCGUAGCCUCCGGAAAUAGCGUGGACGAUCGAGAAUCACUCAGUAGCGGAGACGACGAAGUGGACGAGCCCGGGGAGUCCAAAAGAGGAUAUGCAUCUUCUCACUCGGAUCGGACUUCAUCUCCGUGGCGUGCAACGGAAGGCGGAUCUCCGUCCGGUCUAGGACCGCUUGGCCACACAAUCGAAAAUCCACGCCUACUCGCGAGCCAUGUCAGUUACUGCUCGUUGUCCCAGGGAGUCCUCUUGCACAGCGAUCAACACCCCCAGGGGUUUCCUGCCCCGCCGCUAUCCCGCAUGAUCUCUGCCCCCCCGGGACUGUCUUCGAAACUUUCUCAAAGCGACUCUUCCGCGGCCUCCGCUUCGUACUACGCGUACCCCUCUUCCAGUGGGUCGAAAGAGAGCGGGCCAGGAGCUCCGUGGGGUUCGGCGAGCGCAGGCGCGGUUUGCAGCGCCCAGAUGGGGACCCGAGGGGGCGGCGCGCUUUAUUCUGGACCCAAGCUAGGCGAGUUUACGCCGCCGAAGCCGACCGGAGACAGCGACAGGGCAAGCGGCCGAAAAGCGAACCUAAGUGAGAACACAACACACGCGGAUGGCGCCCUGGGAGGACCUUCCGGAGCCCAGCAGCCGCUGUCGGCGUCGCUGUCUGGAGGCGCGGCGGGUGCCCGACAGACCGUGUCGCCCUUCUUGCAAGGAGGUCGGGGAAUUGCUUCCCACUCGCAGUUUUCGUCUUUCUCCGCGUCUGCCGCAACUGCGUACUUCACCCCCGUGCCUGGGCAUUCGUUGCAGUCGGCGGACCCCCAGGAUGAUUGCCGGUCUCUCCUCUCUCGCUUCGCGUCUCUAUCGUCACAGAGCUUUGCUGCUGCUCCCCCAGUGCCUUUCGUCACGCACAAUCCGCCGACAGGGAUUGCGGGUCCUCGUUCAUCUGCCUCUUCUCUCGCCUCGGCUCAGGCUCGGCUACAUCUCCAGAGACACACCCCGGAGGCCGGAACUCCUUACAUGUGUGCGUCUCCCCUGCCGCCUCGAGCAAAAGGCCCGGGGGGUCCUGUUUACGCCUCCACCUCGCCUGGACCGAAAGGCCCCGCAGGCGGAGACGCUGUAAAGGGUCGAAUCGGGGGACCCAAGGCAAAUGGCGAAAAGCGAGAACCGUUUGAUCUGCUGUCUUGAAAUAGGGAAACGAGAAACGAAUUUGUGGGUUCGUGUUCUUUUCUUUCGUGAGUCUGGACCAGCGAGAAUGUGUAAGCUCGCGGUGACCGAGACACCGAGGUGGUGGAACGUUUUCUUUUCAAGGGCGAUUUGUACGGAAACGUGUGUAUUGUUUUCCUCUCGAGAAGAACAGACCUAUUUUGUUUUUUGCAAAAUUUGAAAUGCACCG